AUGGAGUCUACAGAAGACGAAUUUUACAGCAUAUGCCUCAACCUCACAAGUGAAGAAAUCGCCAGUAUCGGUCGUUGCAACUAUAGUGCAGACUUCGAAAAUGGCGAACUGCUUGAAAAGGCUGUGUCCACAGUUGUUCCAAUUUUCUUUGGAUUUAUUGGAAUUAUUGGAUUAGUGGGUAACGCAUUGGUUGUUCUUGUUGUGGCAGCGAAUCCUGGAAUGAGAUCGACGACAAAUCUUCUGAUUAUAAAUCUGGCUGUAGCUGACUUACUAUUCGUAAUAUUCUGCGUACCUUUCACUGCUACAGAUUACGUGAUGCCGAGAUGGCCUUUCGGAGACUGGUGGUGUAAAGUCGUUCAAUAUUUCAUAGUUGUCACUGCCCACGCAUCUGUGUACACACUGGUUCUGAUGUCCUUAGACAGAUUUAUGGCAGUAGUUCAUCCAAUAACAUCAAUGUCUAUAAGAACAGAAAAGAAUGCGCUGCUAGCGAUAGCCUGCAUUUGGGUUGUGAUUCUAACAACAGCUAUACCAGUUGCAAUAUGUCACGGAGAAAGAGAAUAUUCAUACUACCACAGAAACCAUUCUUCUUGUGUGUUUUUAGAAGAACAAGGCUACAGCAAAUUAGGAUUUCAAAUGUCCUUCUUCCUAUCAUCAUAUGUAAUUCCAUUAGCGCUUAUAAGCGUGCUUUAUAUGUGCAUGCUGACGAGAUUGUGGAAGAGUGCACCUGGUGGGAGAGUGUCAGCAGAGAGUAGAAGAGGCAGGAAGAAAGUGACGAGAAUGGUGGUAGUCGUGGUGGUAGUCUUCGCUGUAUGCUGGUGUCCAAUACAGAUCAUCCUGUUAGUGAAGGCACUGGACGCGUACAACAUAACAUUCUUAACGGUGACCGCACAGAUCGCGUCGCACGUGCUGGCGUACAUGAACAGCUGCGUCAACCCAGUCCUGUACGCGUUCUUGUCUGAGAACUUCAGGAUCGCCUUCAGAAAGGUAAUGUACUGCCCGCCUUCUUAUUCUGAGGCUAUGUCAGGAAGACCACAGCCCACUAAGACCACACGAACUGGCAACGGCAACUCCUGUCACGAUAUUGUUUGA